AUGGUUAUUAGUGUUAGCUGUUGUGUUAGAAAGCUGGCGGAACAAAAGGAGGAGGGUUCAUUAAAGCCACUGACGGUUUCAAUGGGUGGGUGGCAAACCAUUUACGAGAAGAAAAGAGGUGAAAUAGGGGUUACUCCUGAUGAACCUUCAUUGUUUCUGUUCCGGUUAAGCGAAAUAAGGGAUCAAAUUGAAUUGGAGCUCUUUAUUGUAGCUGGUAAAAUCCCACCAUUUCCACGUCUUAAUGGAAUGGAAAAUGAGACGUUUCUUUGUAAAGUCAUUCUCGAGAACCAAAUGAAUAAUGGUUGUUCGUUUCAUAACUCCAUUGGAGGGAGAGAUUUGCAAAGAAGAUAUGAGGACAUUAUUAGUUACUUUCUUGCCAAGUGUUUUUAA